UUUAUGAGGAGGAAGGAAUAUAUACAUAGUCCUUUCAUUUAUUAAUUAAUCUGGUGUACCGAUCGGUUUGAUUCGGUUAUGGUCUUGCUGCUACAAUUCGUUGGAGAGAGAAUCACUUUUUUCCAGGCAUUCGAAAAAAUCCGAAAGCUUCGAUUUUGAACCAUAUAUACAUCUCCCAUGGCGUAACUAGAGAAGAAGAUAAUUAGAGAAUGGCGUGUGUAUCGACAUGCUUAAUCGUCUCCCCUAGGUUAACACAAUCCGGCUUUUCAUCAAAAAAGCCUUUGAUUCGCCUCAGAUCUCCCGUUGAUCGUUACUCUUUCCCCGGAAUCCUAACGGAGAGGUGUGCGAGCACUCGCCGGAAGUUCCCGAGCCAUGGAAUCGCGGUGGUCAGGGCUGCGAGUAUAGAUAAGGUUAGCGGCGCAAUCAAGCCAGGGGGAUUGGUGGAGAGCGACAAGUUACCGACGGAUGUCCGGAAACGAGCUAUGGAAGCUGUGGACGAGUGUGGUCGGAGAGUCACUGUCGGUGACGUGGCUAGCAGAGCAGGCCUGAAAGUUACCGAAGCUCAGAAAGCGCUUCAGGCCAUCGCCGCUGAUACUGAUGGGUUUCUGGAGGUAUCGGAUGAAGGUGAUGUGCUUUAUGUUUUCCCAAGGGAGUAUCGUUCUAAGUUAGCUACCAAGUCGUUAAGGAUACAGAUUGAACCAUUUCUUGAAAAGGCAAAGGGUGCUGCAGACUAUCUGGCUCGUGUUUCCUUUGGCACGGCGCUUAUUGCGUCUAUCGUUAUCGUCUACACCACAAUUAUAGUCUUGCUUUCUAGCAAAAGCGAGGAUGAUAAUCGCCAAAGAAGACGCGGGCGCGGAUUUGAUUCUGGAUUCAAUUUCUAUAUCAACCCUGUCGAUCUAUUUUGGUACUGGGAUCCCAAUUAUUACAACAGGCGACGAGCUCGAGAAGAUGAAGGAAACGGAAUGAAUUUCAUUGAAUCUGUUUUCUCCUUUGUAUUUGGAGAUGGAGACCCAAAUCAAGGAACUGAAGAAGAGAGGUGGCAGAUGAUUGGGCGGUAUAUAACUGCUAGAGGAGGUGUUGUUGCAGCUGACGAACUUGCUCCAUACCUUGAUGUGCCAUCUUCCAAAAGUGCUACGAAGGAUGAAUCUUACAUUCUACCUGUCCUUCUUCGGUUUGAUGGUCAACCUGAGUUGGAUGAAGAGGGAAACAUUCUGUAUCGGUUUCCAUCCCUGCAACGCACAGCUUCGGGGUCUAGUAGACGAAAGGAAUACGUGGGAAAAUGGUUUGACUGGGUUGCAGAUAUGGAGAAGUUCUUCAAGGAGAAAAAAUGGCAAUUUAGUAAAACUAGUUCAACCGAGAGAGCAAUGGUCGUUGGCCUAGGUGCGGUUAAUCUCUUCGGUGUUAUCGUUCUAAACGCCAUGCUAAAAGAGAUGGCUGUCACGCCAAGUGGAUUUCUUACAUUUGUUAAGAACAUAUAUCCACUACUUCAGAUAUACGCAGGUUCAUUCUUUGCCAUCCCUUUGGUCCGGUGGUUUUCAAUCAAGAGAAAGAAUGAUCAGAUAGAGAAUAGAAACAAAGCUCGGCUACAAUUUGCACGAGCACUUGAAUCUCCAGAUAUUACACUACGGCGUAAGCUACUGAGUGCAAGGGAUAUGGCUCAAAAUACAGUCAUAGGGAAGGAGCGGAUCGUGUAUAGUACAGAUAAAGAUAUGAUUGAACAAGACUAUGAGGCUGACGAAUGGGACAGACGAUUCCGAGAGGUGGAAAAAUCAGAUUGAAAUGUGAAAUCUGGGACUUGUGACAUUGUGUUGUUACGCUAAGUUAUGUAGCAGCUUACACAUCAUCUGCGACACAGAAUUAUCUCAGCAACUUCCAUGGACACAGAGGAUGACAGAAGCCAUGGUGCAUACUAUUUAGACAUUCGUCCUCUGUUUGAGACACAGAAAAUCAUGUCUCUAAAGUUCCAGAACUGAUGGACCAUAUCGUGCUGCUUCUGAGCUCUCUCUAACACAACCGUAGCAUGCAAACUUAGUCUUGUUUAUAUUUACUAUCAUUCAGGAGAUCUAAGUAUGCUUGUUCCUCAGAGUUAUACAAAAGGCGACAAUAAAUUAUGUACAGUGAUUUGUAUAUACAAAAAGUCCAUUUUCUUGCUCAUGAGGAUGUUCAUGAUACUCUCUAGAUUCAGUGUCUUUAUCUUCAUGUUUGUAUUGAUAAUUUAAUAUUAAUGUCGGUUUAAGAGAUCUCAUCAGUCA